ACGGAGGGGCGGGUUGGAAGGAAACCCGCAGCCACGCAAUUGAAGUUGUUCGCUGGUGCGACCAACGGUCACCCGUCGUGGUAAACGCGCUCCCGCCGGUGUCGGAAUAACUGUAGGGGCACGGCGGCGAUACACAAAACAUGCACUCGCGAUGUGAUUUGAAAACAACAACCACAACAACAACAACAACAACAACAACAACAACGAAAAACCCCGAUUCCGUUUGUUUAUUGUCUUCGCAAUAAAAGCUUUAUUGUAUCGACCACUGCAACACAUGCGCGACAGUGAAAGUUGUAUUUUGAAAGCGACUAACGGAAGUGUGAGGUUUACGUUAGAGCGAGCUUGACGCGUGUUCAUAGCGGAGCAGGUCAGCUGGUUGGUUAGUUUACUGGCUCAGUUAGCCGAUCGUUGGAGCCUCGUUAGCCCGUGGGAAGGUGGUCCCCCCCCCCCCCCCCAAGCUGCCCUCCGGCUGUCUGACACCGAAGCAGCUCAUGUUAGCUACGCGGCGAGGCUCUGCGUUUGUUCAGCCAGCUAGCGAGGAUCUGAUCCGGCCGACGGCUCGGAGCAACCCUGCUAGCCUAGCGGCUAAAUUAGCGAGAUACACCUGUGGGAAGUAAGGUUAAGCCCAGUGUCAUCGACCAUGGCAGGUGGAAUUACAGAGACCGGGGAACCCUACUCCGCAUUUGUGGGGCUGGUGUAUAUGUUCAAUCUGAUCGUGGGAACCGGAGCUCUGACGAUGCCCAAAGCCUUCGCUACGGCCGGUUGGGUGGUCAGCUUAGCACUCAUCUCAUUCCUGGGAUUCAUGAGCUACAUGACCACCACUUUCGUGAUUGAGGCGAUGGCGGCGGCCAAUGCUCAGCUGCGCUGGAAGAGGAGAGAGCAGGAGGAGAUCGACGACAGCGACUCCACCUCCGAGUAUUCGGAUGACGAUGUCAUGUGCCGAGGCCGAUUACAGCCGGAGACCAAGCCCAUCUUGUCUGUUCAGAGAUCAGGAGGUCACGUCGAUCAUUUCGACAUUGUGGAGCGGGUCGAGAUGGGUCAAAUGGCCUCCAUGUUCUUCAACAAAGUCGGUGUCAAUAUGUUCUACAUCUGCAUCAUUGUCUAUCUGUACGGGGACAUGGCCAUUUACGCAGCCGCCGUGCCUAUAUCACUGAUGGAAGUUGCCUGCGGAAACCACUCCUGCAGUGCUGGAAGUGUGAAGUACAACGACACAGACCAGUGCUGGGGCUCUGUCACAAGGAACGAUGCGUACAGGGUGUUUCUGAGCAUUUUCACUGUUCUGUUGGGGCCUUUUACCUUCUUCAACGCUCAGAAGACCAAAUAUCUCCAGAUCCUCACCUCAUUCAUGCGCUGGAUUGCGUUCACCAUGAUGAUCAUCUUGGCUCUUAUCCGCAUCGCUAAAGGCACCGGUGAGGGCCAACCACCAGUCGCCUCCUUCUCCGGAGUCCCCAACCUGUUCGGUGUGUGCGUCUACUCCUUCAUGUGUCAACACUCCCUGCCCUCCCUGGUGACGCCCAUCUCCGACAAGAAACACGUGGGCACGCUGGUCCUAGCUGACUACAUCCUGAUCCUGGGCUUCUACGUGCUCCUCUCGUUCACCGCCAUCUUCUGCUUUGACAGCUCGCUGCUGCACGACAUGUACACCCUGAACUUCACGGACAACUGCAACGUGUUGGAUAUUCCAGUGCUGCGCUACUUCUUGGGCUUGUUCCCGGUUUUCACCAUCAGCACCAACUUCCCCAUCAUUGCCGUCACACUCCGCAACAACUGGAAGACCCUGUUCCACCGGGACGGAGGCACCUACCCGUGGGUGGUGGACCGCGUUGUGUUUCCCCUCAUUACCCUGGUGCCCCCGAUCCUGGUGGCCUUCUGCACCCACAACUUGGAGUCCCUGGUGGGCAUAACAGGAUCCUAUGCCGGCACAGGGAUCCAGUACAUUAUCCCAGCCUUCCUUGUUUACUACGCUAGACGCCAUCUGGAGCCCGUGAUGGGCAGAGAUGCCAUCAACAAGCACCAGUCUCCCUUCCGCCACGCCUUCUGGGUGUGGUUUGUUUUGCUGUGGGCCGCCUUCUGCCUCAUGUUUGUCACAGCCAACAUCAUCCUGACUGAUACCAAGAAAUGAGAACUCACUGUUCCCAAAAAAAAACUCUCUAGUAAUCUACUUCUGAUUCGCCGGUUCCUUUGUUCCUGUAGACGAGGCCUUACUUGCUGCUGGUUGGACAGUGUGCCUUUUUAUGGGACUUCUGUUGCAUAAAUUUAAGUGUAAUUAAGAAUAAUUUAUCAAAUUUGUUAAAAGGGACCAAAUGUCAAGUGUUUAUUCUCCAUUACAAAAGCAGGACGGUGCAUGAAUAUAAUGGAAGGGCAUUUAUUAAAAUGAUCUUUUGUCGACAAACACCGGACGGUGUUGAGGUUCUCACAGGAUUUUACACUUACAGAACUUUCUAAAAAAAUAUAUUGAAAUGGGGUUUAGUAUGCUUCAAAUGAACUAGUAAUUUGAAGUGUUGUACACACAUGUGUAAACUGCAGAAAGUUGGCAUGCUUGUCAGACUGUCGGUUUUGGAAAGUUACAAAAAUUGUCGGACGCAGGGACAGAGGGUGUCAGACGCUAUUCUAUCAUGCCUCGCUCAAAUGGCGAACUAUGGAAAAGUUAGAGUGUCGAUGUGCUGAAUGAUCCAUUGGACCUUCGGGGCAGAAUGUUCCAAUAAAAAUAUAUUAAAGCAAUUGAAAGAGCCGAGUAGCGACAAGAAAAAGAGCCUGUCACACCCAGACUCGUGUCCUGUUUGCGAAACUGCUUGGCAUCUACACAGCUUAAUAAUGAAAUUGGAACGGAAACCAGCUGAAGAAGAAAAACGAACAAAUCAGGGAUGAUCAGUCUUCCGUGGCUGACGUGUAUCCAUUCCUCAGCGGUGGCUGCCUCCGAUCUCCUCGCAUCCCCCCCCCCUUGUGUACAAUGAAGCUCCGUCCGUGACAGAUCCAGACAGAUAGGCCUCCGGGAAGAGCUGCGUCUCUGUUUAUCACCAGACGCUCGCGCCUGUAGUUCACACGCGGGGCAUGUCUCCCGUCUCUUACCGCUCAGCACCCAUUCAUGACUCUGUCAGGCUCAAACUGUAUCUAUCACACAGCCCAGCAUCUGACAGGGCAAUCGUGAUCUACGGUGCUCCGGCUCUUGCUGUGGGGAAGCCAUCGGCGUUCAGAGGGGGAAGGCUACUACCGUGCCACCUGGAACAACGCAGCCUCACACACCGCGCUCUGUACCACAGUUCAGUAAUGCGGAUUUAACUGACACUUGGCAGCUUCCUCUCUGAGUUGUACUGACUUUAACGAACUCUGUUGUUGCUCUUACGUUUCCAUCUCUAACCCAUCAAAUGGUUCCGUCUCUCUGAUUUUCAUAAUUCGUGAAAUGUGUCUUAAAGGCUCAGUACACCCAAAGCAAAAACCAAACAUAUUUUCUCACUUAUCAUUGGGGAAAUUUAGCAAUGCAGAUUUUGAAGGUGCAUGAAAUCAGAUUUGUGGUGCUCUCAGUUCACCUUCCUCUGUGGUCGUGGGAACUGUUUCUUCUGGAGAAAUCAGCUCCGCAGCAAACUACAAGUAGUCUGACUCUGCGGAUUAUCCAGAGUAACACGGACACUUUCUAGAAAGAGAUGUUGCUGUUUUAAUUUUUUCGAAUGUGUGCGCACCACGUAUGAUAUUCCAUUCACCUCCAUGGUAUCAGGAGUGCUGGUAUGAACCACAGAAACAGCCAUCACUCAACGUGGACAGAUGAAACCAAAACUACCUGCGUGGUCAGAUGCCACUAAAGGUAUGUCAGAAAAAUAUCUUUUAUGUCAUUUGCGUGAACUGACCCUUUACACUUUGAUGUUGGUUACAGUGUCACUUCAUGAGACUUGAAGGACACAGUGGGACUUUAGCCGUGUAGGAGAGACCAGAGCUGGAUGAUGUAGUAGUGAUUUAUGUCCGAGGAUAAUGGAAUUUCUGCUACAUGAUCACAUAAAAUCACUGUGUUUGAAACCAUAGCCGUAGCUAUUUGCUACUAAGUGCGCUAGAUUUACUUUCUUGAGUGUCCGAAUACAAAGUGUAGAUCUGUGCACCAAACACCCGCCAAAAUGUCCACCAUUCAUUCUUCACCUUUGAUAGACGUUUAAAUUCACGUGACUCCGCCACUGUCGGGCGGCGUGCGGCGUCUGAUCUUACUGCUCACCGCAAAGUUUCCCUAUUACGUAGGAAAUGAGUGAACGGGGAGAUGUUUGAAACGCAGCCACUGUUUUAAAUCAGUGCUUAAUGAAUAGAUACGUUAAACGGUAACCAUAGCAACAGUACCUUUUUAUAAAGUACCACUUAAAAGUACGGAUGGUUUUUACUUUUAUAAAUAUCCGUGGUAUAAGCAUGAUAAUACGCUCAAAGAUGUCCUGUUAUAGAACGUAAUGGACUCAGUGAAGGAAAGGCCACUUACGUAAUACCAUGAUAUGAGACUACAUAUCGUCUGGGAUCCAGGUUAUCGAAGUGCUGUUGUUAAAGGCUGCUUUAUGGCUGAGUGACACAACAUCUCUGAGCUAAUCUGACUGUUGACGCAACAUAUUCGGUCAACAUAUCCACAGCACAAAAAGAUUUUUAACACUUUUUAAUUUUUAAUUUUUUUUUCUUCUAAAUGCAUUAGUAACCAUGAAAGCAUUAUCCAUAGAGACUUUUUCCUUGGCAUGAAUCUUGGCUCAUCAGAGCUAGCGCAUAAAGAUAAAAGGGAACUCCAGCUGCUCCAGCACUGGUGCACUAUUGAAGGAUGCAGAGCUGCCGGCGCUUGUGGUACAGUGCUGGAUGUGCUGGACGUCGUCGCGGCGUACCAGACAGUGUCUUGUCUGUCAUCACCGAACUGCAGCGAGAAUGUGCGACUGACGUUUUCAGCUGGACACGGCACUGACGAGGCGGAUUCUCGUAAUUUUGAGGUCAUCAGUAAUUUCUUCAUUAUAAAAACACUGACGGUCGUCACACGCAGCAUCCGACAGCUUGUCUUACUUGGGUGGAAGUGGAUGAGGAGCUUGUAGCAGUCCCUGCAUGCAGAAAUACAAAAAAACAUCGUUAUAUGUCAUUUUCACGUUUGCGUUCUCACUUUUGUGCUGUUUGAUUUUCAUCCUCCCAGAUUCUGAUGUUACAGGUGUUUUUGUUGUUGUUUUGUUUGUUUGUUUGUUUGUUUGAUUAUUUUUUCCCUCUUCAUCUGAAGUGGAACAUCUGAAUGAAAAUUACAAACCUUUUUUUUACCUUGGAUACAGCAGAUAUUUAUAAUUUAAUCUGGAGGCAAUUUUAAAACUGUGUUUGUGUGAGUGGAUGAUUAGAUACUGAAUACGGUAAAUGUUGUUUUGAUGACUCUUCAUCAAGAGUUGUGAAAUGUGCCUUUUUUACAGGGUUAUUUUCUUGCCCUAAACUUAUCGACUGCUGUUUUUCUCAUCUUUUGAAAAGCAGCUUGCCAGACGACAUCUGCAUGUAAGCCAUUUCAUUUAGCUGACAAUCAGCGUGUCCCCAAAAAUGCUUUAUAAUCCUUUGUUUUCUUGUCUUUUCUAUAAUUUCAGUUGGGUUUUUUUUAUUAUUUUUUUUUUGUCACUGUAUUUCUGAGAAUCGCUUUAUUUUUUCAUUUUUGAUCCACGUUCCUUGUAUUUGUUUACAAUAAUUUCGCCAGCCUGUGAUUCACCAGUUUAUAUGGAUGCUUACUGCUUUAAUGGAUGUUGUGUUUGAUUUUUAUGAUUCACUAAGAAAAUAAAUGCUUUAUGUUCA